AUGGGUCUUUCUCCGUCAUGGUACCAGUUUCUAGUCGGCGUCUUUGCUUCUGUUGGUUCAUUCCUCUACGGAUAUGAUUUGGGUGUCAUUGCGGAGGUGAUUGUGUGCCAGUCCUUUGUUGACAAGUUCGAGGCAAAUGAUACACAAAGCGGUCUGGUCGUCUCCAUGUUCACAACCGGUGCCUUCUUCGGUGCAGGACUUGCCGGACCGUCUGGUGAUUACCUGGGCAGACGUAAGACCAUCUCACUUGGCUGUCUGCUCUUCUGUCUGGGAGGAGGGCUCCAAACCGGUGCAAAGACACUGGCCUUUCUCUACACCGGACGAUUCUUUGCCGGAUUGGGCGUCGGUUUCCUCACCAUGGUCAUCCCGCUGUAUCAAGCUGAAAUCUGCCACCCCAAAAUCCGUGGUCGAGUCACUGCGUUGCAGCAGUUCAUGCUUGGCGUGGGCGCUCUUUGUGCUUCGUGGAUUGGAUACGGCACGUAUAUUGGUUUCAACCCGAGCAAUGAUGCUCAAUGGCGGUUGCCUCUGGGUAUCCAGAUUAUCCCUGCUGUCAUCUUGGGUUUGUUGAUUGUAGUCUUCCCCGAGUCUCCUCGUUGGCUGAUCGACCACGGCCGAACGGAGGAGGGUCUGCGCACGUUGGCCAAACUCCAUGCCCAUGGCAACGAGCAUGACGCCUGGGUUCAGGCCGAGUACGCCCAAAUCCAGGAGAGUAUCACUUACGAGCACGAGCAUGAGGCCAAGUCGUACGUCGAGCUGUUCAAGAGCCGAUCGUCGUUCCGCCGCUUGUUUCUCUGCUGUGCUCUCCAAGCAUCCGUGCAGAUGACCGGUGUAUCGGCAAUCCAAUACUACUCCGUCAAAAUCUACGAACAAAUCGGCAUCUCCGGCGAGGCCACCCUCCGCUACCAAGCCAUCAACUCCAUCAUCGCGCUAAUAGCCCAGUUCCUCUGCAUCCUCUUCAUCGACCGCUUCGGUCGCCGCUGGACCCUGAUCAGCGGCAACUUGGGCAACUGCGUAACCUUCAUAAUCGCCACGGCCCUCCUCGCCAAAUUCCCUCCAACAACCAACAGCAUCGGCGCCCACUGGGGCUUCAUUAUCAUGACUUGGCUAUACAACUUCUCCUUCUCGGCAACCUGCGGUCCACUCUCAUGGAUCAUCCCAGCCGAAGUCUUCGACACGCGGACCCGGUCCAAGGGUGUCUCGAUCACGACGAUGACUUCGUUCGCGUUUAAUACUAUGAUUGGCCAGGUUACUCCUAUUGCGAUGGAAACGAUCGGAUAUAGGUAUUACUACCUGUUCACGAUUUGCAACUUUACGAAUGCUAUCUUCUUUUGGCUUUUGUUGCCGGAGACGAAGAAGGUGCCGCUCGAGGAGAUGAAUUACAUGUUUUCGCAUGCGCCGUGGUUGGUGCCGGGCACCAAGAAGGAUAAUUAUUUGCCGCAUGACUUGGAGAGGAAGGUUGAGGAGCACGAGGUUAAGCAGAGUAAAGUGCACUAUGAGGGGGGUCUUUGA